AUGAUUCCGACACUCUUGGAACUACUAAAUGAUAGCAAAACGACAGAAAUUCAACUAGCAUCAUGCCGUCUGUUAUCGGUCGUGAUGACUAAGGAAGAAAUUCGAAACCGGUUGACGAACACAGCACAAAUAACCAUAAUAUUGCUAGUGGAUUUUCAAAAUCCAGUUUUCAAUCCAUUCUUCAAAAUUCGGCUAGACUUAGCUAAAAAUGAUCAAAUUAAAAUGGAAUUAGUCAAACGAAAUGGUCUCGCAUUUCUAAAUGAGUGUAUUACAGGAAAGCAACAAAAACUGGCUUUCGUGACGAUAUGCCAGCGUGCUCUUGAGAUUGUUUUCGAAUUAAUCCAGAAUGAAACGGCAUUAGCACUUCUUCAGCAAAACCAUCUUUUAUUAUAUCACAUUGAGAAACGACUUUUAUCAUCGUCUGACUAUGGCGUGCGACAGGCAGCCAGAGUGUUCAUGAAUAAAUUACGAACACAAAAAGACUCGGUCUGUGUGAAAAAAAAACAAGACCCGAACACGAAAGUUCUUGAUCCCUUGAGAAGUAUCAGCACUAACAGGAUCCUAAUUAGUUAUCAUCCUACCAAUCGAGACAUGUGUUAUAGGUUUAGAGACUAUGUUAGGAAUGAUGAAUUUCUAGGGAAUCUCGAUCUAAAUCCGGUUGGAAGAUCAAUGGCCACAACCGCAGAUGAUACCGGUGGACCUCAAUGA